GCCCAGAUGACGGAGUGUGCAGAAGGGCGAGCUGUAGGUAUGUCAGCACACCUUGAAACUGACACAGAAAGAGACUGAAGAGAUGGGUGGGAGGGCACGGCUCCCUGUUAGCAUCGUGCUUGGCACGGAGCAGGAGCCGGGAGUGAAAAGGGAACUUCUGUGCUACACCUGAGCGGCAGCACCGGAACAGAGCCACGUUCAUUCCACGGCGGGGGAGAAGGGGGGUAAAAAGUUAUCAGAGUCAAUUUCGACAGGUUGGGGGUGGGAAAUCCAGUGUUUGUUUUGCUCCCAAGCGACUCCUCGCUCCCGCCGUAUGCUAAGCGGCCAUCUACCAGCGACCCAGGCGGGCCGGCAGAUCCCUCCAUCUAGCCGUGCGGAUGCGUAAUUCAUCUCCAGGAGAUGCGGGGAGGCGCGCAGGAACUCGGAGGGCUCCGAAGCGCAGCCCGCGGCGCAGCGCCCACGGACAGCCCCGUGCUCCCUGCCCGCACCACACCGCCCGGGCCCGCCAGGCCGCAGCAGGGCCGGGCCCGGCCGUGCCAGAGGGCCGGGGGCGCAGCGCCCGCCAGGCCGCCCGAGCCCGCACGGCCACCGCGAGAGGCGCGAAGGGCGGCCAUGCCCGGCCCGGGAAGAAGCCGGCGGCGCCGCUCCCCCUUUCCUUCCUUCCCCGUGGAGGGCGGCGCUGCCCUUGUGCCGCUCGGCGCGGGGCGGCCUCCCACCCUGCGCGCGGGGCUGCGGGGAGGAACCUGCGUCCUCCGCUUCCCCCCGGGCCGAGCUCGGGUGCCCCGCUCGAGGCCGCGGCGCCGCGGAAGGAAGGAGGGGGGAACCGGGGAGCCCCUUCUCAGCCCGGAGGUUCGGAAGCCCUGCGGGGCGCGGAGCCGCGGUCGCCGUGCGGACGCUGCCCCGCCGCCACCUACCUCCCACUCGGAACAUCUGUGAGAGAUGACAGUAAGCCCUCGGGAGGCUGCAGCUCUAUCCAGCUGGUUCCCCCCCAGACACAACAGCACUACCGCGCCACGGACCCAAAUAAAAGUGGCUAGAAGUUAGGUGGGGGGUUAUUUUCACUCCUGGGGUUUACUGCCUGGUUAGUGAAACAGAAGUUAAACGUUGAAGGCAGGAGAAUAGUAAAAGCAAACAGUUGGCCUGUCGCGGUUGUUAUCAAUUAAACAAAAUGCCUUCGAGCUCCUUCCCUCAGUUGAAGCCUGUGCUGCGACACGAGAGGAAUUUCCCACGCUCUGAAGCUCACCAUGUCCUCACCCAGCAAGGAGUGGAUUUCAGUGGAAGCAGACUCUCCCUCCCAUGAUCUGAAGGCAUGGGUUAAACAUGAGGAAGACAGCUCCUGAAGUUACAGAAUUUGCCUUUCCAAAAUCAUGAGUGAACAAACAGCCCAGGAAUUCCCACAGUCCUGAGCUGCUCCUCCAGGACGACAGCCUGAAAGCAGCAAGAUAAAACCUUAUUUACAGCUGCCUGACUAAGGCAUGCGUAACAGCCCAAAUAAAUAAAGAAUGCCAUUUAUAUACCUUA